AUAGCAAACGCAUUCACUGUCGGCUUCAUGGACAGUUGGUAGUCGGUUGUUUCAAUUUUCUGCGACUAAGAGUUUGCAACAUUUUUCUCUGAGAUAUUCUAUUAUAAAGGCGGCACGCUUUUGCAAGAGCUCAGGUUGUUCUCGUUUCUCUUUGAGUACUGACGAUAUUGGCGUGGAACGAGGGUGUGCUAUUGUUUUUUCAGACUUUAAGAGUUUUUGAAACUUCCAUUCGUUAAAUUCGGUUGGUAUGCACACAUAUUUUUAUUGUUUAUUAGUGGAAGAGUGAUUGAAUUGUUCUUUAACGGAAGUUACGGAAACACAUUUGAGAGGAAAGAUUUAAUGCAACCAUGAGUGUCGACAGUAUUGAGAAGUUAUAUAAAAAUUUCGGGAUUUUGGCCGACGCAAAGGAUAAAAUCGGCGAACAUGAGAAAGAAUAUCUUGAAAUAAUCACAGCUGUGAAAGGCUCAGCUAAAGAAAAGAGGUUAGCAUCUCAGUUUAUUGUUCGAUUCUUCAAGCACUUUCCAAAUUUGGCUGAUCAAGCAAUAGAAGCCCAGCUUGAUUUGUGUGAAGAUGAAGAUGUAUCUAUCAGAAAGCAAGCCAUUAAAGAUCUUCCAAACCUGUGCAAAGACACAAAACAACAUGUGCAGAAGAUAGCAGAUAUUUUGGCACAACUAUUGCAAACCGAUGAAAGUUCAGAAUUGAAUGUGGUUUAUAACUCUUUAAUGUCAGUUUUUAAAAUAGACUGCAAAGCUUCCCUGGGUGGCUUAUUCACUCAAGUUUUGCAAGGUGAUGACCUCACUCGUGAAAGGUGCCUAAAAUUUUUGGCAACUAAAGUCAAAUCACUUGGUCAUGAUGUUGUGAAUAAAGAAAGUGAAGAAUUUCUUAUUUCAGAAUGCAAGAAAGUAUUGCAGGAUGUCACAGCUGAUGAAUUCCAUUACUUAAUGGAUAUUUUAGGAUGGACCCGCCUGGGGCAGACAGUGAGUGGUCAGCAAGAAUUAGUUGAUCUUGUUGCGGAACAGGCAGAUAUUCAUAAUGAUUUUGACCCAAGGGAUCCUGAAAACGAUAAUGUUGACAGAUUAAUUCAAUGUGUACGACAAGCUCUACCAUAUUUUUCAUCACAGGUGGAUUCUGCUCGUUUUGUGGCAUACAUGUGUGAUCAAGUACUUCCACAGUUUGGUGAUAUUUCAUCUAGUGAAGAAGGUGCAGAUCCUCAGUUAGAAAUUUUGAAACUCUUUGCUGAAUUAUGUACCCACUGUGGAACAUUAGAGAAUCCAGAUGCAAAAGUCGAAGAAAUAUUUGAAAGAUUAAUAGAAUACAUGCCUCUACCUCCUGAUUCAGAAGCUGAAAAUUCAACUCAGGAAGAACCACGAUUAGAAUUUUCGUAUGUCGAGUGCCUGAUGUAUGGUUUUCAUCGUCUGGCACGACAAUCGCCUGAAUUUUUGACUAAGGAUGCUGACCGAUUGAAAGAUUUUAGAUUUAGAUUACAGUACUUCGCACGAGGUAUACAGGGUUAUAUAAAGAAAUUGCGCGAAGCCCUUCAGGGUAAGACACCUGAAGAGUUGAAGACUGAAGAGAAUAAAAUCAAAGUGGUAGCUUUGAAAACUACUUCAAACAUCAAUACUCUCAUAAAGGACCUGUUUCACAGUCCUCCAAGUUAUAAAAGUAACAUCAGUCUGUCUUGGAAACCUGCUUCCAAUUCUAAUAAUAAGGACAACGCACCUUCCAGUAUGAAACGGCAUACUCCUAUUACAUUUAGCAGUGGAGAAUCACCACCAAAACAAAGUAAAGGAGAUAAACCACAAAGAGAAAUGUACACACCUCCCAGUGGAAAGUAUAGUAAUAAAGUUUCUGGCUACAUGCCACAGCGAGGAAGAGGCAGAGGCAGGCCACGAGGGGGCUUCCGUGGAAGGGGUUGGCGACGAAUUUAUUGAGUUGCGGUACAAAUAAUGAUGUAUCAUGUUACUGUAAGUGUAGAUGUCUGGCUGUAAGUCACUGAAGAAACAAACAUCAGUGGAUAUUUCUUUUGAAAUUACCUUUAUAUUCAAUUUGGAAAAUGAACGAUUUUGAGCACCAGUUGAAGAGCUUCACAGAUGACAUAGUUGCAGUACUCGUCAAGUUUAAUGAAUGAUGUUGACAAAGUUGGCCCCAGAAAUGAAGUGCUUUGAAGCUAGAAUAAUGAAGAUUUCCUGCCUGAUUGUUUUUGCACUGUUUUAUUACUGAAGAUUUGAAAAUUGUCACUUUCGUUGUUGAUGCUAAAUGGAAGAUCUAAGUAGAGUAGUUGGUAUGGCAAGUGAAAACAGUAUUUGGUAGUGUUAAAAGGAAAAUACAAGAGUUUUAUCAUCUACUUGGAAUUGCAAACCCAUGAAAUUUAUUUGGAUUGUGAGAGAAGCAUGAAGAGUCUUCAAAUGCCGUAUCACCGAAGUGUUGUAUAGAAUAUUUAUUUAUUGAAGAGUUGAAAAUUUUGAGUUUUUGGUGCUUGCAUGAAAAAAAAAAAAAUUGAAAUUGAACUGCAAUCUGACACAACCCGAAUUUGCAGAAUGAAAACUUGAUGUGGUAAUUGGUGCCAUCAGACUGCUUCAGACUAGCAUUCAGCUCUGACCUUUUAAGUUGUUGAUUUGGUCCUUAGACUGACAAUUGUGUAACAUAAACUUCUCAUGAAAUGUUAUUCAAGUCUUACCUCUAAGUCAAGACCUGAAAAACAAGAUUUUUGAUUUUUUAAAUUAUUUUUGUUCCAUAACAGUCAUUAUUAAUGAUAGAUUUGUUCUAUUCCUUUUGAGGAAGAUUUAGAAGAGAUGGUAUUUAUGUGAAAGUGAAACAAUGUGUGGGGUACACAGGGAAUUGGAAGAUCUGAUGAUUCGAGAGUUUUCUAGGGGCUAUGAAUGGGUAAACCUUACUAUAUCGUGGUGGCAACAACAAAUAUCCGUAUUUAACUGAUUUUUUGUUUUGUUUUGUUUUGUUUUCAGGACAGGAUUCAACAAUCUGGUUGUCUUUAAGGCGCAUUAAUAAAAUUGUUUGCUUUUCAGAUAUACAAGGGCAGCAGUGAUCUGUGAUAUGAAUUUGUUGAAACUACUGAUAUCAUGUCAUUUUUAAUUUUUUCAGAGUGCAGUUACUUAGUGCUUCUAUACAAGUUGUAAUUUAAUCCUUAUCACAUGGGUUUUAUCAAUUUUUCUCAGAAAACUAGUACAUUCUAGGUAAUUUGUCUAAAAUGCCCAAGAUGUUCUCAUUCUAACAACAUUUUAAUAUAAAGUAGUAAAUAAUGAAGCCUAACAAUGAUUUCUUUCUUACCUUUUUUGCUCUCUGUCAUGUUUAUUUUUAACCUUUCAGGCAAAAUAAAUUACAUUUCAUAUAUUCGAAACUGAAUAUUGAUUUUUGAAACUUAAUUCAAUAUUGAAGUUGCAUAAAAACUUUCAAGUCGUUUCAAGGAUACAUAUCAGGGAAUUUAUUUGAGAAAUUCACAAAUUUAGUUACUGUUAUGACUUUCUGAACAUGGGUUGAUUUCUCCCCCCUGUUAUGGCAAUCGUUAUACACAGUAAAACAGGUACAACUUUCAUAGAGGCAAAUGUCAAUUGUAGAAAGUGUAAAUAAAGGAAAAUAGUUCACUUCCUCAAACCUAUGGUUCUAAAACUUAAAUCAUACCACACAUUCAAUGUUUCAUUUGCUGCCCAGUAAUCAUGCUGAAUUCACUGAUGUGUGUGUGUGUGUGUUACAUUAACCUGCAUUGACGUAACUACAAUAUCAAUAAAUGAAAUAAAUUAUCCUAAGCUUAAAAUACACAAGUUCUGCUCUGAAUUGGGAAUGUCAGUGUUGAGUCUUCAUCUUGAGCUGUAAAUUGUAUGAACACCAAAUUUAAUGUAAUUUAAGAGAAAGAUUACUAGUUGAAUUUCGAGUAUUUAUAUUAGAAAAGUUGUAUAUGUCAGAAAGUCAUACAACAACGUGCUUUAAACAUUUUCUACUUUAAACACUUUGGGUGAAUCUUAUUUCAAUACAAGUUUUGAUGUUACUGCUGCAAAACAAAUUCAUUUAUUGAAAAUACAGAAUCUAUAUUUAAAAUUCAGAAAAUAAAUCAUUCUGUUUUGAUCAAUGUUCACAAGAAAAAACGUAGUAUUCUAGAGUUUUUGGGAGGAAGAGUUGGCAACCAUCAAAACAGUUUUUGUCCUGUGAUUUUGUGUGUGUGUGGGGGGGGGGGGAGAUUAAGUUAUAAUUUGUUUCAUUAAACAUUAAAUUACAAAUUCAUUUACUCCUGAUGGAGCUUGGUAAUUUUUAUAUUAAAUUCCAUAGUACUUGUUUUCUGAGACAUUUUUAAAGUUAAUAAAAUGAUUUUUUGUGUUCUUUGCUUGAAUUGGUUUCACAGGCAUUUUUUGAACUUUGUUUCUUAACGACUUGAAAAAUGAAAUGCAUUUUUUUCUCAUUUGGAAUUUUGUGAAUGAUUGAGACCUGAACUUGCUUAUUAAUGAAUGGCUGAAAAAUUCACUCACAAUAAUUGUGCCACUUGCAUUAGUUAAUGGGUUAAGUUUUUACUGAAUGAAUACAAUUCAAGUAAACGAGUAGGAAUUGUGAUUUGGUCCAAUGUCAUUGAUUUAAUUUUGUAUAUCACUUUUAAUUGUAAAUGUUCUCAUAGUCUAUUCUCUCCCAGAAAAUUUAGUUGGCCUGCGGUGGAGCUGAUUUGCUAUUUCAAUAAAGUAUUUUCACAAUUGCAGAUUUUUUUCAUGGAUUCUGGAGAUUGACUCUUUAAAAAAUGUUCAUUCAUGUUUUGUUUUUUAUUAUAUUCUCACAUAACAUGCCAGCAGAACACUAGUCACAGUUGAGUUACUUCUGUUCGGUUCCUUCUUUGCCUUUGAUUAUUUCAUUUUAUGGACAUAAUUAUUGAUGCUCCUCAAUAGAAGUAUUUUUUUCACACUAAUACUUUGUAUUUUUUGAUGAUGUAGUGGAAAAAUGUUUAAUCUUCCUUCCUUUUAGUGGGUAAAAUUUAAUUACAAAAUUUAGGUAUUUUUUUAGAGUAUUACAUUUGGGGACAAAAUCAUUAAAUUCUUUGGAGUUAAUACUGAAUGUUUCUUUCUUUGUACCAGCUAUAUUGUAGAUUUCGAUGCUUUGAUAAACCUGGGAAAACCAUCGUCACACUAAAAAGUGUAGCUUAGGAGGAGUGUGUCUCUUCUAGGAAGUAUGUAUUGUGUUAGGUUCUAAAAUAAUUGCCAGAUUUUAUUAAAAUUUUUCUUUGCAUAAUAAACUGAAAUCUGGUGUUCAAAAUCUAUUUCUACUGAACAAAUGUUUUUGAGGGUGGCGGAAAUAAUUACAUUAUUUUCAAUGGUUUUUCGAGCUCUGUUAAAGUGAAUAAUGCACAAAUGUAAUUUCUUCCAGUGGUAUUCAUCUUGGUUCAAAAGUGUGAUUGUUCAUUUUGUUUAUAGUCUGGUAGGGGAGUGGAGGGAGGAAAUUCAAAAUUUAUAAUAGGGCAAGUUUAGAAGCAAGGAUUGAAAAAAUUGUUUUAGCUGUAGUAUAUUGAGAUACUCAACGGAAAAUAAUUUCACUUCUGUGAAACACACAGUUCAAAUGCAUUGGUCAAAGAAAUGAAAGAUUGAUAUUCCUAAUAUUCACUGAAGUAUCAGAGAAUAGCUUACAUUGCAGGUGUAAUUACUUCGUUUCCAGUACUACCGUGAGUAAUAGCUAUUAUUUUUUAUUCCAGUCUCAUUUGUUAGUUUGUAUAGUUUAACUUUUUUUGCUUCACUACUUGAAUAGUGCAGCUGUGUUAUGUAAUUCCCUCAAAGGUGAGUUGUAAUUAAGACAAGAACUGUAACAUGUCAAAUCUGUAAUAUUGUAAAACAUUUUUUGUUAGAAUAUAUAAAUAUCACAAUU